CGGGGAAAUAAUUAAUUGCAUUAUUACGUUAUCUCUCUCAAGAACUCAGCUUCCAUCAACGAUUCCAAGAAGACCAUACAUAGUCCCCUACAUUUGUAAUCCAUCAGUCGUUAAUUAAAACUCGUACCGAUCGAAUCUCAUUUUAGAUUUGAAUUUAUUUUUUAUUUAUAAUAAAUAAAAAUAGAAAAAAAAAAAUUUACUUUCUAAUUUUGACAGUUGAUUUUAAGAUUUUUUUUUUCUAUACAUAUAUCAAAAUGGAAACACUGGAACUUAAAGAACUGAAGAUUGUAGCUGUAUCAGAUGAAGAAAUAAAAAAACAACAAAAGAGAGGAGUCAUUUAUCAGAUGUCGAUGAGUUUGCUGGCAAAUUUCACAAUACUUGGUCCAGCGAUGUCUUUGGGGUACAGCGCGGUAAUCCUCCCGACACUUCGAUCUGCAAAUAGUGACUUACCAAUAACCGAGGAUCAAGCUUCAUGGAUUGCUGGAUCGGCGGCAUUUGGUACCCCAAUAGGUUGUAUGUUGUCUAGUUUAAUAAUGCGUCGAGGUCGGCGACUAAGCUUGAUGGUGACAUCGACCUUCUCCCUGAUUGGAUGGGUUUUAAUUUACAUGUCUACGAAUUACGAGAAGCUUGUAGUCGGAAGAAUAAUCGCCGGGAUUGCGACUGGUUUAGCUUCCGUUCCAGCUACUGUUUAUACCGCUGAAGUUGCUGAUCCUCUAUGGCGAAGUGUUAUGGUAACUUGGAGUAGCAUCGCUAUCGCCUUAGGCAUACUUUUGGUCUACGUAUUUGGUUACUUUCUUCAGGACAAUUGGCGUCUAUUAGCAUUAAUUUGUGGCCUUUUUCCUGCUAUUUCUAUAAUAAUGAUGCUACUGGCACUUCCAGAAUCCCCACUUUGGCUUCGAGACAAGGGUCGAAUUGACGAGGCUCGCAUUUUAAUGAAAAAAUUUCGCGGACUAUCUAAAGAUAACGCAACAACGCCUGCUAUUGAACAAGAAUUGAAUAAUCGUCCUCGUAUUAGUAAUAAUAAUAAUAAUAAUAUUAUGAUUAAUAGUGAUAAACAAUCAGUUUUCAAGUAUUUAACAAAAAAAAGUUCACUAAAACCUUUUGGAAUAAUGAUAGGUUAUUUCUUUUUUCAACAAUUUUCGGGUAUUUUUGUCGUUGUAUUUUACGCCGUAGAUAUUAUUGAAGAAGCUGGUAUACAAAUAAAUGGUUACUUUGGGGCAAUUUUAAUAGGAAUAACACGACUUGCAGGAUCUAUUAUUGUAGCUUGUGCGUCAAAAAAAUGGGGAAGACGGAUUCCAUCAAUAAUAUCAGGUGUUGGAAUGACUGUAUUUAUGGGAUUACUUUCAGUAUAUCUUUAUCUUAUUGACCGCGGAAUAAAUAUUGGUGACACUGGUAUAAUACCAGCUAUUUGCAUUCUUGCGUACAUUUUCAUAAGUACAAUUGGAUUUUUGACUCUUCCAUUUGCAAUGGUGGGGGAAAUAUUUCCUACCAAGGUUAAGGACAUUCUCUCUGGUUUAACCGUCUGUUUGGCUUACAUAUUUAGUUUUAUAAUUGUUAAAUGUUAUCCAGAUAUGAUUUUAGUAAUGGGUAAACAUUCGGUAUUUAUAUUUUUUUCAUUGAUAUCUCUUUUGGGGACUGUUUUUGUUUUUCUUUGUCUGCCAGAGACCAAGGGUAAAACUCUUAGAGAAAUAGAUCAACUUUUUUCAAGUAAAAAAAAUAGUUUAGAGUUGAUUCCAGAAAAAGAAAAGAUUGUUAUUGACAAAAAUAAACACACAUCAGAUGUUUAAAUAAUAUAUUUUAUAAAAAAUAAAUUUUAUUAAAUAAAAUAAAAUAAAGUUGUGGUACUAUAGUGCCACGUUGUUCGCGGUGGUCAGACACCUGAUACUUAAUGAUUAACGUGAGAUAGCUGUUGCCUAAAAAUUAUAUUCAUUGAAUAUGCGAUUUAAGACACGCAAUAUGUUAACGAAAUAUGAUUAAGUACUCAAUGUACAUAUUCAUAAGCAACCACCAACCACAGACAAUCCAAUCAGAAGGCACAUUCAUCGUGUAUUUCGUUUUUUGGCUGCUCUUUUAAUAGUCAUAUUUCAACUCAACUUUUUUAAACGUCCCCGUCAUUAUCACCACCAUCACCUUCGCGAAAGGUCCCAAGUUAUAUAUAUUUAUUUUUAUACCUACCCAAGGCCAAGGAUUCCUCCAAGGACUUGUGGUACAAAUUACCAAUGUGUUCAUAAUAAUAUUACUAAAAGACUUUUAAUUAUUCACUUAAUAUUUAUAAAUAAACAACAAUUUUAUAUUU